CCAUUCAUUUCGAUCUCGGGCUGAACGCAAGAUGGCGGCUGUUAGACAAAAACAUACGUUCCCAUAAAACAUUGUUAUUUAAAAGUGUCAAAAACGAGUUUCUGUUACCAAAUUAGUGUUUAAAACUGGACUCUAUUAAGGAAAACAGACUUUAGUGGCUAAAUAAAACAGUUUUAAUUGUGUUUUUGUGCGAAAAUCAACGAAAAACGAGAUGCAGUCGUCCAGCCUGGGUGGGAGCUACCCUGGAUACCAGGGCUACCCGUAUGUAAGGCCAAUAGUCACUGAGAUACCAUCUCCUGAUCCGCAGGCGGUCACGAUAGUACAACCACCAAGUCAGGCGAGCAACCCCUACCCUCGAUACCAGGGCUACCCGUACGUGAACCCCAUGGUCACCGAUGUGCCCACGAUAGACCCGCAGACAGCGGCCAGAUGGGCAAACCUACCAAGACGGCCAUUGCAGACUGAUGGGCCAAGAGCCGGCACCAGUUAUGGACCCAGUAGUCCCCAGACGACACCUACAAGAGCGACCACAUCAGGUAAUGCGGAGACCACUAAAAAGGACAUAGAUGAAACUCCAGUGGUCUACAUCGACAUGCCUGAGGGAGGGAGCGAGGUGUCACAGAGUAUCGUCACUCCUACCAAUGAUGAACCGGAGUUUGUGCAGGAUACAAUCAUGUACGAUCCCUUUGAAAACCGGAGGAUUGACGCCGUGAAAGAUGAAUCAGGAUCUGGACCAUCUUCGGAAUCAGGAUCCUCGAGUUCCUCACACCAUCAGGCUAUUAGGCCAAAUACACUGAAUCUGGCAGGAGCUAGCUCAAGUGCUGACACUCCAGGCCCAUCAUCGUCAAGACAGACUCCCAUUAUGCCAAGUUUUUUGGCUAAAGAGAGUCAAGUUUAUGGUGGUAGUACCAGUGAUGGUUUUCCAAUAUCACCCAUUCCUAUAUCGGAGUUUCCUGAGCCACCUCCGGCGUACACUGAGACUGCUGUUACCCAAUCUUCAACUCCGACGAGAGAUCCUGCUAGAGAGACGCCCAGAGAACCCAUUCUUGAGCCUUUGAGAGUGGAGCCCAUUAGAAGAGAACCGGUUUAUUCUCCAGCUCCCAUGACGCAGGUUAUCACUUCAAAUUACUCCAGUCCAGUGACCAACCUGCCCCUAUCAGCGAUGAAUUACGAGAGAAAGAACCUGAUCUGCCACCAUUGUGGAUCGAGGGUCCACACGCUAGUCGUCAAAGAGAACGGGCCUGUGACACAUGUCGUGGCUUGUAUGCUGUUCUUUCUCUUCCCUCUCUCAAUUUUCUGCGUUUAUUGCACCGAUUACUUCAAAUACAACAACCACUAUUGUCCCAGCUGUAACAACCAGAUCGGUUACGUAUCUCCUGUGGUGGGUAAAAAGGUUAAUUAUAUCACAUAAGUUAAGUCUGCUAGCCCAUUUUAGUAUUAGUCUAAGUUAUUUCUUGUACAUCAGCUACCACCUGCCAAAAAAAUUCUGAACGCCGCUACUUCUGUUUUUACCUACUGCUCGGCUCCUAUUGAUUGUAGCGUGAUGUUUUAUAGCCUAAAGCCUUCCUCGAUAAAUUGACUAUUCAACACAAAAAGUAUUAUUGAAAUCGAUCCAGUAGUUUCUGAGAUAAACGAAGUUAAAGUCAGUAAAAUUUUUGAACGUCAAAGCAAAUAUUUUUUAUGAUAUGUAUAAAAUUAAAGUAUGUCUGUCCUGUCAGUCAGUCCUCUAGUGGACGAAACGUAUGUCAGAGAAAUCAUUUUGAAACUUAAAUAAAAUGACAGAAAAUGUGUAAUACCUAAUAAUACUUUACCCAACAGAGAUUAAUUAGUCUAAUUACCUAUUUAGAAUAAGUGUAUUAUGUGGAAAACUAUCAUUCAUUUCAGAAUAAACCAUAUUUCUAUUAUAACUUUCGUGGGACAUACUAAAUUAAUUAUUAUGUUAUCGGCUUACUCACGUAACUGUUUGACGAGGAACUCGACUAGUUCCAAGCCGUGCUAGAGGCUCAUAUUCAUGAGCAGCAUUCCGCGACACAACGCGGCGAUUGUCGCGCUACUACUGAAACUAGUCGAGUUCCUCGUCAAACAGUUACGUGAUUCAGAUCUACACUGUAUUAAUAGUGUAGAUGACUAUACCAUACAGAUUAUACAUAUAAAUGUAGUAUUAAGUAGAUCACUUAUUUUAAGUUUGUGAUUAAUGUGAUAAGUGUACAAUUUUGAAUCGCACAGGGAAAUUUAAAACAACAUAAGGCAUAAUAAUGUAUAAUAAUUAAUGAGUUAGGUUUAAUCUGUAAAAUAUAAUUUUAAGUUUCAUUUAAUAUAAAUUAAUUAGAAGUAAGAAUACUACGUUUAAGUGUGGGAGAGCCAUGCUUCGGCACGAAUGGGCCGGCUCGACCGGAGUGAUACCACGGCCUCACUGAAAACCGAUGUGAAACAACGCUUGCGUUGUGUGACUGAGGUUAAUUACCCAAUUACCCCCCUUCCCAAUCUUCCCAAUCCCCGAUUCCCCAACAACCCUUAAAUUCCUAACCCCCAAAAUGCCGGCAACGCACUUGUAACGCCUCUGGUGUUUCAAGUGUCCAUGGGCGGCGGCGAUUGCUUACCAUCAGGUGAUCCGUAUGCUCGUUUACCGGCUUAUACCAUAAAUAAGUCUGUCUGUCAAUCUAACAAGCUGGAUGUUGAUUGCAAAUUGUACCUAAAUAUUUAUUAUACGCUAAAAAAGCAAAACAAAAAAAAAAACAUCUACCUAGAUAAUUUCGCCUUUCCUAUCUAGAGUAAUAUGUAUGUAUAAAAUUAUAUUCUAAGAACAGA